AUGCUCGGGAAAGGUGGCUUCGGAAAAGUUUACAAGGGGAGGUUACAAGGUGGCAAUGAAGUUGCUGUCAAAAGGCUAAGCAAGAGUUCUGGUCAAGGGGCCGACGAGUUCAGAAAUGAACUGGUUCUGAUUGCCAAAUUGCAGCAUAGAAACUUAGUUAGGCUUCUUGGUUACUGCACUCACAAAGAUGAGAAGUUGUUGAUAUAUGAAUACUUACCUAACAAAAGCUUAGAUGCCUUCCUUUUUGAUGCCACAAGAGAUGGUGUGCUUGAUUGGCCGACCAGGUUCAAGGUAAUUAAAGGAAUAGCAAGGGGGCUUCUUUAUCUCCACCAAGAUUCAAGGCUAACAAUAAUCCAUAGAGAUCUCAAAGCAAGCAAUGUCUUGUUAGAUGCGGAAAUGAACCCUAAAAUAUCAGAUUUUGGUAUGGCAAGGAUCUUUGGAGGAAAUGAGCAACAAGGGAACACUGUCCGCGUUGUUGGUACAUACGGUUACAUGUCUCCUGAAUAUGCAAUGGAAGGUUCCUUUUCUGUCAAGUCUGACACCUAUAGCUUUGGUGUUCUACUCUUGGAGAUUGUAAGCGGGUUAAAGAUCAGUUCGUCCCAUCUCGUCAUGGACUUUCCAAGCCUUAUAGCUUAUGCAUGGAGCUUAUGGAAAGAUGGAAAUGCAAGAGAAUUGGUGGACUCGUCCAUUAUGGAGAUCUGUCCACUUCAUGAAGUUCUGCGGUGUAUUCAGUUAGGUCUCUUGUGUGUUCAAGAUGAUCCAAGUGCUCGUCCACUCAUGUCAUCCACCGUGUUCAUGUUAGAAAAUGAAACAGCCCCGCUUCCUACUCCGAAGGAGCCUGUAUAUUUUAGGCAACGGAAGUAUGAAGUUGAAGACCAAAGGCAUGACUAUGACCUGGAAAUGUCUCUUAAUGGCAUGACUAUGACAAUGGAAGAGGGGCGUUAA